GGACUGCGGCAGGGCGGGUUGCAACAGCUCGUGGAGCUCAUAUGGAAAUGCGAGAGCCGCAAACGUAUACAGACGGACAGCAUCCAGAAGGUCGCUGAGGUCGUGUUGCUCGCACGUGAAGUACCUCUUCGGUUCGCUUUCGAAUGUAUACUAGCUCUAGCCCGCAAGAUGCCGUGGCUCCGGCACCAGUCGAUCAAGGACAACGUUCUGUUCGGGUACCCAUAUGACAAGGAGCGGCGCCAUGCCGUCGCCGAGUGCUGUGGGCCCAAGCCGGAUUUGGAUAUUUUGGAGGAUGGGUACGCGAUGGAGAUUGGGGCGAGGGGUGUUAGUUUGAGUGGGGGGUGCAAAGGCUCGGACAGCCAUACUGCUCGGUUCUUGUACGCAAAAUUGUUCCCUGGAUUGCUGCUGGCUCACCGCACUGUCGAAUACCUCGUUCGUAUGCUGGAUGGACGAGUUGAUACCGAAGCGCCGUCAAGGAACUCCGCGUGCGUAAGGGAUUUCAGACGAAAUCGCUCAAGAUUGCAGUGUAAGCUAAGGGAGAAACCUAUCGUCGCUUUGGACGCCCCUAUCGAGGCCGCCGAGCCUGUCGAUGAAAACGCGCAGAAAGCUACCGAGGUCAAGAAACCCAGGAAGUUUGUCACGGACGAGCACCGCGAGGAGGGCGGGAUUGAGUGGUCGAUUUAUAUAGCAUCCGUGAAGGCUUCGUCGUACUGGACGUGGUUCGGCCUUCCGAUAAUCGUCAUCGCACAGUGCAUUGGUUUCAGCGAGAGGCUGUGGACCAGUACAUGGGGCUCAGCGUACGGUGCCAUGGGUCAACUUGUACCAUACACUCACCCGUCCAUCGCGUUGGACGACAACGAGGCUGCGUACAGCGAAUACCUUUUCCAGUCGCAACGUUAUACCCAGAACACCUUCUACCACGUCCAAUCCUCGUCAAGGGCCCUCCCGGACGUUUGCGAGUACCCCCUCUUCUAUGUUAGAGUAUACAGCUGUAUCGGCCUCGCCUCGGCCCUUGUCAGCAUCUCCUCCACCCUCGUCCAGUUCACCGGCUCGCUGCGCGCCUCGCGGCUUAUGUUCCGGCAGCAGCUCGAGCGCGUCACGCGCGCGACGAUACGGUGGCACGAUACGAUUGACAACCUAGCCGGGUCGCGUUCCACGGUGAACUCGUCGCUUGCGAUGUUCGCGGCGGCGAUUGCCACCGUUACGGUGUUUUCCCCACUGUUCCUCGACCUCGCCGCGAACCCUGAAUAUCACGAGGAUGGGUUUGAAAACGAAGAGCAACCCAAGGAGUCAGGUGUUCUCUGGGUUUGGGCAGCUUUUGGAGGGUAUCGUUACGGUUCGUUACGGUUCGUUACGGUUUGUGCCUUCUCGGCCGAAGGGCAGUUUUUGGAUGGUUUGCAUGGGAAGCUGGAUGUUACGAUCAAGAUGUGGUACAUGUUCUGGAUGUCGAACUGCUGGCUGCUGCUCAACUUCGACAUUCUUGGUGGCCAAGCGGUUCUGAUUACGAUGUCCUUCGCCUUUGUGGACUCCGGCAUCGCUAGUGUCUGCAUCAAGAACGCGAUGACGUUCGCCAUCAGCGUGUACUAGGCGUGUCGGUUUUGGACGGCGCUUGAGCUCGAUCUCAAAUGAGCUUUCCGUUUCUUCUCCGUACAAAAUCAUAGCUAACUAAUAUAUUAUUAGCUCUGUCGAGCAUCUGGUCGAGCAUCUUGACCUCCCUCAAGAAUCGCCCCCCGUCGUCGAAUCAAACCGUCCCUACUGAGCCUCGAGCACAGGCUCGGCUGACCUCAUCUCGGUCGAGAACCUCGUCAUCAAAUAUGCACCGGAGCUGCCGUCCGUGCUCCGCAACGUCUUGUUUACGCUGAAGCCGAGGGAGCUAAAUGGGCUGCUCGGUUGUAUUGG